CCUGUUUCCGGUAGCCUCGGCAGAACCGGCGCCUCAGGUAGUGCUGCUUCGGCGGUGGAGUUUGCUGAGUGUUUUCUGGACUUCAGGAGGCAUGUCGGCGGCUUUUCGCAAGGCAGCCAAGUCCCGGCAGCGGGAACACCGAGAACGAAGCCAGCCUGGCUUUCGAAAACGUCUGGGUUUGCUGGAGAAAAAGAAAGAUUACAAACUUCGUGCGAAUGACUAUCAUAAAAAGCAAGAUUUCCUCAAAGCUCUCCGGAAGAAGGCUCUUGAAAAAAAUCCAGAUGAAUUCUACUAUAAAAUGACUCGUGUUAAGCUCCAGGAUGGAGUUCAUAUUGUCAAAGAGAACAAGGAAGAAGUAACCCCAGAGCAGCUAAAGCUGAUGAGAACUCAGGAUAUCAAAUACAUAGAGAUGAAAAGGGUUGCGGAAGCGAAGAAAAUUGAAAGACUGAAAUCAGAGCUCCAUCUGCUGGAUUUCCAGGGGAAGCAACAGAAUAAGCACGUGUUCUUUUUUGACACCAAAAAGGAAGUUGAACGGUUUGAUAUUGCGACCCACUUGCAAACGGCCCCAGAGCUAGUUGACAGGGUCUUUAAUAGACCCAGGAUCGAGACCUUGCAGAAGGAGAAGGUGAAAGGAGUUACACCCGAGACUCGACUCAAGGGGAUAGCUAAAGAAAGACAAAAGCAGUAUGAUUGCUUGACACAGCGGAUUGAACGGGAGAAGAAGCUGUUCGUUGUUGCACAGAAAAUUCAAACACGCAAAGAUCUUAUGGAUAAAACUAAGAAGGUGAAGGUGAAGAAAGAAACAGUGAACUCCCCAGCUAUUUACAGAUUCCAGACUCGCCGAAAACGUUGACGUGUUAAAAAUAAGCCUCAUCAUUCUGCAUUGAAAAGAACUCUUUUUUUUUUUUUUUCUUUUGUAAUAACCUUAGACUUUAUUAGUUCAAAUGGCUUGGUUUUUAAUUCUGACUUAUUGUCAACCUGAUAUUUGAUAUCUUUCUAUGAGAAUAGUAAAGCACCUUCCCCAGUAUCAUUGUUUCUGUAUUAUGAAUUCAGUCUCUUACAUAUAAUACUUAUUUUUCCCUAUAAAAGUUAUAUAAUCUUAUAGAGCAAAGGAGAAAGUAGAUGAAUCCAUUUCCAUUCUCAGUAUUUAAAAACAAGAUAUUUUUCUAUAUAGUAGGAGCUUGGGCUACAGAGCAGUUACUGUGGGUAUUCUGGUUUUUGCCCCCAUAUGGGAGAGCGAUAUAUCAGCUUUUGUUUAUAGUCUUGUUUUCUCAUUCUCCUUAUAGUAAAAAUUUAUGUUCCAAUUUUUAAAUAAACCAUUAGCUAUAUGCCAUUUUUGUUACAUUACUGAAUUUUUUAAAAAGUAAUAUAAAACUAUAGUAAAGAGUAAAA